AUGUUGUGCUUUGCGAUUAAAAUUUUUCGGCACAAGGCCAUCAAGAUUACCUUCUUCAUAGUAUGGAUUGUUGUUCAUUCCACCUUGCUUUCCGUGUCGGCCAUGUGGUAUCAUCCGUUGACGGUGCUCGCACCUUGCGGAACUCUGGCCUUUGUCAUUCUGGCCAUGAUUGUGUAUUCAAAAUUCGUUCCUUGCCAAAUCGGUCAUAAGAUUCCUUUAGCUUACCUCUUUGCCAUCGGAUUAAUUUCCAUUAUUCACGCCAUCUUUUAUUUAUGUUUUAGGGAAUAUGCAGUUUACGUUCUGAUUAACUUUUUACUGGUGCUCUUAAUGAGUCUUAUAAUCCUGGUGGAUAUUGAACUAAUAAUUCGGGAUAAAACAAGGCACAAGUUUGGAAAGCGUGAAUACAUUGUGGCUUCCAUGAUCGUUUACCGAGACGUUAUAUGGAUAGCUAUCAUAAUUAUAAUCAUAUUGACGGCCUCGCGUCGUUGCGAUUGCACUGGUGGUGAUACAGAUAAUAAUAGUACUGCAGAAAGUGAGAGCAAAAGUAGUGUUAGUCCUGCUAGUGGCAGCACCUCCUCUUAA